AGCGCUUACUUGACGACACACAAUUCCAUCUUGACAACCCCCAUCCCUCCAGUCAAGAUGUCUUCCUUCGACCCGGUGGUUGUGGUAGACGGCAAAGGGCACCUUCUCGGUCGCCUCGCCAGCACCGUCGCCAAACAGCUCCUCAACGGCCAAAAGAUUGUUGUGGUCCGCUGCGAAGCCCUCAACAUCUCCGGCGAAUUCUUCAGAGCGAAACUAAAGUACCAAGCCUUCCUCCGCAAGCAAACCCGCUACAACCCCAAGCGCGGUGGCCCCUGGCAUUACCGCAGCCCGGCGAAGAUGUUCUGGCGCACCGUCCGCGGCAUGCUUCCCCACAAGACCGAGCGUGGCGCCAAAGCCCUCGAGCGUCUGAAGACCUUUGAGGGCAUCCCUCCCCCAUACGACCACAAGAAGCGGAUGGUGGUGCCACAGGCGUUGCGUGUGCUCCGACUGCAACCCGGCAGGAAGUACUGCACGGUGGGCAGGUUGGGACACGAGUUUGGAUGGAAGUACAAGGAUGUUGUUGAGAGACUCGAGGAGAGGAGAAAGGUCAAGAGCCAGGCGUACUACGAGCGCAAGAAGGCCGCUCGCAGGCAACUCACCGACGCGCAGAAGAACGCCAAGGUUGAUAAGAAGACCACCGAGCAGCUGGCGGGGUACGGGUACUAGAGUGUGUCUGCUGGAGGGCGUGUGGUUGGGCGGAGAGGAUGCUCAGGUGCUAGUAUCAAAAUUCGCUUUCACUGCCGAAAGCUAGCAUAGGUUUCCGUCUGCUAUUCACGGCAGCCCGUCGUUCAAUGUCAUUGAGAAACA